AUGGCCAGUGAUCCAGUGACUAUCCCCUGUGGACACAGUUACUGUAUGAGCUGUAUUACAGACUGCUGGAAACAGAAGAGAGUCUACAGAUGCCCUCAGUGCAGACACACCUUCACUUCAAGACCUGCUUUAUGUAAGAAUGUCAUAAUUGCUGAAAUGGUGGAGAAACUGAAGACGACAGACUUACAAACAGCUGAACCUGGAGAUGUGGAGUGUGACGUCUGUACUGGGAAGAAAUACAAAGCCGUCAAGUCCUGUGUGGAGUGUCUGAACUCUUACUGUCAAAGUCCUCUUGAACAACAUGAGAAUCUCUUUAAAGACAGGAGACACAAUCUGAUGGAUCCCAUUAGACGACUCCAUGAGAUGAUCUGCCCAAAACACAACAAACAACUGGAAAUCUACUGUCGUACUGACCAGCAAUUUAUUUGUUAUCCAUGUUUAAUGGAUGAACAUAAAAACCACAACACUGUAACAGCUGAAGCAGAAAGGAUGGAGAAACAGAGGCUUUUGGGAGAAACACAAAGAAAGUUCCAACAGGGAAUUCAGGAGAGACAGAAUCAGCUCCAGGAGCUGAGAGACGCUGUGAAGUCUCAUAUAACAUGCAUUGAAACAACUCCCACUAAUGAACCCAAGACUAGGGAACAGUUCCAGUAUUCCUGCCAGCUCUCUCUGGAUUCAAACACAGUGAAUCGUUUUCUCCAUUUGUCUGAAGAAAACAGAGUAGUGACUUAUACUGACACACCCCAGCAUUAUCCUGCUCACCCAGACAGAUUUGAUGGCUGUGUGCAGGUGUUUUGUAAAGAGAGUGUGUGUGGACGCUGUUAUUGGGAGGUUGAGUGGAGUGGGAGAAAAAGUGUGUGUAUAUCAGUGUCAUACAAGAGCAUCAGCAGGAAGCAAUUGUUUGGAUUUAAUAAUCAGUCCUGGAGUUUGUUCUGUUCUUCCUCCAGUUACGUAUUCAGGCACAAUAGCAUAAAGACUGAGCUCCCUGUGUCCUCCAGAUCCUCUAGAAUAGGAGUGUAUAUGGAUCACAGUGUAGGAAUUCUGUCCUUCUACAGCAUCUCUGACACAAUGAGCCUCAUCCACAGAAUCCAGACCACAUUCACUGAGCCUCUCUAUCCUGGGUUUGGGUUUAGUAGUGGAUCAUCAGUGAAACUGUGUCAUCUAACAAUGUAG